CGAUCGCUUCGCAUGGCUCCCAAAACCCCAUUCAGGAGGCGAACCCGCGCUUCCCCCCUCCGCUCCCCUCCGGCCGACGCCAAGGCGUAUCGCUACGACGCCACCGUAUGCGAGGAAUGCCACUCUGGCGACGACGACGACGAGCUCCUCCUCUGCGACAAAUGCGAUCGAGGGUUCCACACCUUCUGCCUCCGCCCUAUUCUCGCCUGCGUCCCGAAGGGUCUCUGGUUCUGCCCCUUGUGCGCCGCCGACAAAAAACCGAAGCAGUUCCCUCUGAUACAGACCAAGAUCGUCGAUUUCUUCCGGAUACAGUGGUCUUUGGGACCGGAUGAUCUUGGGUCCAGGAAGAGAAAGAAGCGAUCAGGAGGGUUGGCGGUGGCGAAGAAAAAGAGAAAGCUUCUACCUUUCAACCCUAGUGAGGAUCCAGGCCGGAGGCUGGAGCAGAUGGCAUCCUUGGCCACUGCUUUGACGGCCACUGGCGCCGUGUUCAGCAACGAGCUCACUUAUCGCCCUGGAAUGGCUCCCAGGUUGGCGAAUUGCGCUUGCUAUGAGAAAGGAGGGAUGCAGGUGUUGUCCAAGGAAGACACUGAAACCUUGAACCUUUGUAAGAAAAUGAUGGAGAAUGGAGAAUGUCCUCCUCUGAUGGUGGUUUAUGACCCUCUUGAAGGGUUCACAGUGGAGGCUGAUAGGUUCAUCAGAGACCUAACCAUUGUGACUGAAUAUGUUGGCGAUGUUGAUUACCUGAAGAAUAGAGAACAUGAUGAUGGUGAUAGCAUGAUGACAUUGCUUUCAGCAAAUGAUCCUUCAAAGAGCCUUGUAAUAUGCCCUGAUCAGCUAAGCAACAUUGCUCGGUUCAUCAAUGGCAUCAACAACCACACAAGGGAUGGAAAGAAGAAACAGAAUCUCAAAUGUGUUCGGUUCAGCAUGAAUGGUGAAUCUCGUGUUCUCCUGAUUGCAAACCGAGACAUAACAAAGGGCGAGCGGUUGUAUUAUGACUACAAUGGCAGUGAACAAGAAUACCCAACUGAGCAUUUUGUGUAAAAUUCAGUUUCCCCUUAGCUGAAGCUGCACUAUUCAAGUAAUCAGAGAUGAAGAGAGCUGAAAGAUCUGUGCUGCAUACUUCUCAAUUUUGGAGGCAAUUGGACAAAGCAAUGCUAUUAUUAAAGCCUUUUGCAAGACUGUAGCAUUGAAUUCUCACCAAAAUGUUCUUACAUCAUAGCAAAUGCAAUCGAAGUGUUUAAUUUAAUUCUUGGCAAAAAAAUGUGUUCUUAAAUUCAUUAUCUU